AUUGUUUCUAAUAAUCGAGAAAAAAAAAUGCUAAGAAUAAUAAUAAUCAUAGUAAUAGAUAAUACUAUUUAAUAAUUAUGGUAUAAAAGACAUUGUAGAUUCGAUAUUUGUUCAGUUCUUAUUGGAUAUAUUUCAAACAAUCUUGUUUAUUUAAAAUCGAUAAUAUAUUUAAAAGAAAAAUGAAAACUAUCGUGGUUAUUUUUGCCUUUUGCAUUUGCGUUAAUGCAAUGACAAUUGAAGAAUUAAAAACUAAAUUAUAUGAUGAGCAGGAAGCUUGCAAGGCAGAAUCUGGCAUUGAUGAACAAAAAGCAGAUAAUGUUAAUAGUGAAGUCGACUUUGAUGUAGAAGAUGAGAAAGUUCAAUUGUAUUCUAAAUGUUUAAUAAGAAAAUUCAAUUCCGUUGAUGAAAAUGGAAACUUUAAUGAAAAUAUAAUUCGAGAACUAACGAGUCUAUAUUUAGACGAAAAUGAAGUUAAUCAAUUAAUCACCGAAUGUUCAUCGUAUUUUAAUACCUCUGAUGACGAUAUAAAUUUAAAAUUUAGUAAACUAAUGAAGUGUUUUGAGAAAUAUAAAACAAUGAAAGGAAUAUUAAAUUUCUAAACGUUCAAUAAAAACGUUCAUUAAAAAAAAGGAAGAUUUAUUUAUAACGCAAUAUAUUUUCUUAUUUUGAUUAUUCUUUUAACUUUGAAAUAAAUAAGAUUUGAAGUAAGAUUUAAAUCAUUAUAAUUAUUAUAAUAAUUAAAUCAAUAAAUUAAUAUACGAUUAUUUAA